AAGUAACACUAUUCCAGAGGCUUCAGCAUCAUGGUAUUUAUGAUGGAGAAAACAUCAGGUUUCUACCAGCUCACACUUAUUUGUUCUGGGUUCUGUCUUGUUUAUGCCCUGGUUAAAAUCAUCCAACUGUAUUACGGCAGACAAAAGCAGCUUAAAGCUUAUAAAAAUUUCCCAGGCCCUCCUGCUCACUGGCUGUAUGGCAACAUCCAUCAGAUACCCAGCGAAAGAGAAGAACUGAAGUUGAUGUCGGAGUGGGCUGAAAUAUAUCCUUAUGCUUUCCCCAGAUGGUUUGGGGCAUUUGUUUCUUCUAUAGUUACCAGUCACCCAGAGUAUGCCAAAACUUUGUUUGCCAGAGGAGAUCCAAAGCCUGAAUUCAUCUAUGCACCUUUGAUUCCUUGGAUUGGAAAAGGACUGCUUGUCUCAAGUGGCUCAAAAUGGCGUCAGCACAGACGGUUGUUAACACCUGCUUUUCACUAUAAUAUUUUGAAACCCUAUGUGGCGUUAAUUGCAGAUUCAACCAAAGUUAUGCUGGAUAAAUGGGAGAAGCUGAUUGCAAAGGAGCCCAUGAAGUCUUUGGAGAUGUUUGAGCAUGUUAGUUUAAUGACUCUUGACAGCAUCAUGAAAUGUGCAUUCAGUUACCGGAGCAACUGCCAAAUUGACAGAGAUCUGGAUUAUUAUGUCCAAGCUGUGUCUGACUUAACUCUUCUAUUGUUUCGGAGAGUAAUCUCUACUAUACUUCGGAGUGAUUUCCUAUAUUCAUGUACCCCAUCAGGACGGCAAUUUAAACAGGCCUGUAGAUUGGCACAUCAACAUACAGAAAAAGUAAUUGAGGAGAGAAAGAAUUCACUACAGAAUGAAAGAGAGCUUGAAAAGAUCCAAAAGAAGCGACAUUUGGAUUUUUUAGACAUUCUUCUUUGUGCCAAAUAUGAAGAUGGAACUGGAUUAUCUGAUGAAGAUCUCCGUGCUGAAGUGGACACUUUCAUGUUUGCUGGCCAUGAUACAACAGCCACUGGUAUCUCUUGGACAUUAUAUGCCAUGGCUAAGCAUCCAGAACACCAGCAGAAAUGCAGAGAAGAAAUCAAGGAAAUCCUGGGGGAUCGUGAAGACAUUCACUGGGAUGAUCUUGGUAAGAUGACUUAUACCACAAUGUGCAUAAAAGAAAGUUUCCGUAUAUACUCUCCAGUUCCAUCGGUGUCCCGAAAGCUCAGCAAACCUAUUACUUUUUUUGAUGGACGCACUUUGCCUGAAGGUAUUGUAGUUACAGUUGACAUUUACUCUCUUCAUAAAAACCCCAGAGUAUGGCAAGAUCCUUUUGAAUUUGAUCCUAUGAGGUUUUCAGCAGAGAACUCCUCCAAAAGGCAUUCUCAUGCAUUUAUUCCUUUUGCAGCUGGGUCAAGGAAUUGCAUUGGACAGCAAUUUGCUAUGAAUGAACUAAAAAUAGCACUUGCUCUGACACUCCUUCGCUUUGAAAUAAUGCUGGAUGCAGAAAAACCUCCUAUUGUAGUCCCUCAGGUUGUCCUUAAAUCUGAAAAUGGAAUACACCUCAUUUUAAAGAAGCUCAGCUGAUUCUGAAAAACUCUUACAGGAUUUGGUACCAAGAAGACUGUAAGAUGAAGAUGGGGCAUUAGAGACCACACAAAAACAUAAAGAGGUGUCUAAUUCAUACUGUAGCUUUUCUGUCAUGUGAAAUCCCUUCUACUCUGUGGACACUAGAAAACCUUUCUCUAUUUUGUUUUUUACCUUAAUUACUUGUAAAUUCUGAAAAAAAACAUAUCCUUCAUUAUUUGUCAGAGGAAUGCAUCAUAACCUAACGGUCAAGGAGUCAUGGAUUUCUCUAUCUCAGAAUAUAAAAUGUUGCCUGGAAAAUUCCACUAAUAAGUCACACCUUAAUAUUUUCAUACCCUAAUUGUCCAAUAGCAUCUUAACUGAAGGACACAAGCCUUUAAUCUCUGAUUAA